AUGUCAAUUUUAGAGAAUCUACUUUCACAGUUUGACGUCAACAGACCAGGUCGACGCGGCUGGACGCCGGUGAUGAAGACAGCUGUGAAUGGAGGAAAAUGGAUUUACACCAUUAAUGAUGGCAGCUCAGAAGGGGGGAAGAAGGAGGCGUAUGAUCUGCUUGCAACAAGAGGGGCCGAUAAGCCAUUGCUUACCUCUAAGGGUGAUAAUGUUCUACAUGCUGCUUGUCAAGGGGGAAAUCUAGCCAUUGUAAAGGAAGUGGUUGACAGCUUUGACAUCAACUGCAGAGGAAAGGAUGGUCAUACACCUUUAAUGAGGGCAGUCUGUGGCGGCCACAUUGCUGUCUACAAAUACCUGGUGUCACGUAGGGCUGACCGUGGGCUGGUGGACAAAGAAGGACACACUCUUCUACAUCUUGCCAGUCGCCAUGGGCAGCUAGCUGUCUUGAAACACAUAGUUGAUGGCUUUGAUGUCAACACCCAGGACAAUAUGAGCUUGACACCUGCCAUGACGGCAGUUCUGUGUUGA